AUGAAGGAGGAGGAGACGGAGGCUAUGAAUCGACUGGAUGAGGCAGUGAGGAAGCUGGAGGGGGAGCGGGAGGAGGUGCGGGGGAGAUGGGAGGAAAUGGAGAGCAGUCUUCGAAGGGAGCUGGAGAAUUUGGGGGAAGAGAUGAUGCAGUGGAAGGAGCGAGCGGAGGAGGCAGAGGAGAGGCUGCGGGAGGAAGCUAGGAAGGCUGAGGUCAAGGACGAGGAGAGACAAGUCUAUGAGGAGAAGCUUGAAGAGUUGUCCCAACAGCUGUCGUGCUCUGGUGACACGACAGAGAGGCUGAUGAGGGAGCUGGAGGGGGCCCGGUUGGAGGGAAAUGAAGUUCGGCAGUGCUUGGUGAACCAGAGGGAGGGCUAUGAGAAAACGAUGGCUCAGCUAGAGGAGAAUUUGCGAGACGUGGAGGGUAAGUUGGUAGCUGCUGAGGUGAGUGUAGAGGAGUCCAGAGCGGAGCUAGCUGCACGGGAGGAGGAGCUCAGUCGGGAGGUGAAGGAGAGGGCAGAGGCGGUGGAGGGCUUGGAGAGGCAAUUGGAGGAAGCGAGAGGGAAGGUUGACGAGUUACAGAGGGCUCAGGCAGAAGAAGAGGAGAAGUACUCCGUGUUGGCUCAAACGAAUGAACGGCAUAUUGCGUCCCUAGAGCGGCAGAUAGAGCAGGCUAGGGUGGGGUAUGAGAAACAUAUAGAUGAGAUGAAUAAGCAUCUGUUGGAGAUCCAGAGUGACCAUGAGGUAGAGAUUGCUAGGAUCGGCAAGGAGGCUAUCAUAGAACACGACGAGCUCAUAGAGGCCUACAAUGCCCGCAUAGCUCAACUGCAGGAGGAGAUUGAUGAAAAGGAUGCUAAGAUAGAGACGUUGAGUAAGGAAGCAACUGUAUUGGUGGAAACUCUGAAGGAUGCUGCUCGUGAUGAAGCCGCACAAAUCAGCGAGGAAUACGAGGGGAAGAUGGAGGACUUGGAGAGGGAACUGGGCAGGGUUAGAGCUGAGUUGGAGGAAGUGCAGAGGGAGGGCGAGGGGCGUCUUGAGAGGGCGAUGGCUGAGUUCGAGGAGAUGCUCCGACAGAAGGAGGCUGAAUACCGACAAGAGCUACAGCGCAUGGAGGAGGCAGAGAAGGCCAGGCUGGAGGAGGAGAAGGAGGGCGAGCUUGUGAGGGGGGAGCUGCAGAAGACGAUAGCGCGGCUUUUCGAGGAGAAGGAGGAGCUCGUAGAGUUCGAGGAUGCUAUUGAUAACCUCUUUGGAAGAGUUGAUGAGGCCUUCAAGAUCAAGGACAUUGCUGAACAUAAAAUAGUAGGGGACGCCACGCGAGACGGAGCUGGAUUGGAUGGAGGCCUCAGGCGUGAAGCUGAGGUGCAGGAGCUCUCGUGGCGGCCUCAGGAUAAUUUCAAGGAGCUGGUUGAUAACUAUCGUCCGAGAUUCGUGCCGAGGUUGCGAGUUAAACACAAUAGCGAGCUGCCUGUUCCUAAGGCGAUUCUAGAUGCUCAGAAUGGCGUUGUAUCAACGGACCCGUUACCCCACGCAUAUGCUGAGGAGAUAAGGACUUGGCAAGAGAUGGCUGAUGCGGAGGUUGAUGGGGUGGUUGAGGCGCCUUCACCACAACUACCCAAUAAGGAGGCUGAACUGAUGUGGGUUGAUACUGUCGAGUUGGUGGAUGAGAUGUUGGACGAGUUGGCGGAGGCACGUGAAGUGGCUAUUGAUUUGGAGCAUCAUAAUAUGCAGAGCUAUCGAGGCUUUACGUGUCUUAUACAGAUAGCGACUCGUAAGAAGGACUAUAUAGUAGACGUCUUGGCCCCGGGUAUAAUGAUGAAGAUGCACGACUUCAAUAGAAUAACGAGCGACCCGGGCAUUGUUAAGGUUCUGCAUGGAGCAGACAUGGAUGUUCAGUGGCUACAAAGGGACCUCUCUGCAUAUCUUUGUAACAUGUUCGAUACUGGUCAGGCCGCUCGAGUGCUUGAACUCGGUGGAGGGUAUAGUUUGAAGAACCUGUUAGACUUCUAUUGUGGGUAUAAAGCGGAUAAGGCGAACCAACUGGCUGACUGGCGACAACGGCCUUUGUCGGAAAGAAUGAAGCAAUAUGCGAGGGACGACGUACACUAUCUACUGUAG